GUUCUUCCUUCUUUAACAGAAGAAAGGUGUCUGCCUCUAAUUCAGAAUAUUGCCGAAGAUGAUUCAUGGGUCAAUGAUGACCAAGAGAUGCUGAAGCUCUGGGGUCUUUUUAUGAAAUCUUUUUAUCCUAGGUUUGAAGAUUUUCGUAAGGCGCAUCUUCUGAAGAAGCAUCAUUCACACCUGAAGAUCGAGUUGAUUCAUAUUGACCGGAGGAGGAAAGGCGAGGAAGAGUUCCUUGCCACUAAUUUUAAGAAAUCUGCUUCUGCUGUGGAGUUUCUCAGAGCUCAAAUAUUUGGAUGUAGGAAAGCUUUAAGCAACUCUGUUAGUUCAACACCAGAACACCUCGCUGGAUCAAUUUUGCUGAAAUUCCUUCUAUUUAAAUACUGCAAUGACGCUAAAAAUUCGCUCAAAGAGCCAUCAGAAAUAAUACAGAAUUCAGAGGAGUUUCGUAGAGCAGUCAGCUCAAAAUUCAGAGAAAUCGUCAUCGGAAGAUUCCCCCUUGGAAAACAAGAAACCGCAGGAGAGAUACUUGACUGGGUGGAGCCAGAAUUCGGCAUUUUAGCCACAUUAUAUCCUCCAAAUGUAUCUGAUACCGGAUAA